AACUUCCUAGGCCUUAAUAUUUUUCAACAGUAAUAACUGGAAAAAAUCCACAUAUUGUUACAACCUGAUAAUAACUAAUUGUUUGAAUCCAGUAAACUGUGAUUAUAUGAAAGUGAUUACUAAUUAUUGCCACCUGUUCGAACAAUUUUGAUAUUGAAAAUAACAAUAUGGCAGAAGACGACUGUGAUUUAGAAGCCUUGACAGCUAUGUUAGAUGAUGAUGAUGCUGAUUUAGAUAAUAAUGAAAUGAAUCCAGAUUCUGGUCAUCAGAAGAAUCCAGAGAAACCAGACGAAGAUGAAUGUGAUUUAGAAACUUUGACUUCAUUUCUGGAAGAGGAUGACGAUAAUGAAGAAGAACCACAGCAGACAACGAAAGGCAAGGAAACUUCCAGACUGGCUUUCAGAUGCAAAGACAGUAGCAAGAAUGAAGAAUUAUCACAAGAAGAUAUAGCAGCAUUUCUAAAUGAAUCUGAUUCUGAUAGUGAUGACCAAACAGAGAGUAACAAAAAUAAUGAUAACGUACCUACUAAGAAAUUUAAUCUUGAAAGAAAGACAAGUGAUAAAUCAGAUUCUGACAUACAAGCUGAAUUAGUAGAGAUGCAGAAGAAAAUGAAGGAAUUACAGGAUCAGUUAAAAGCCAGUAAGAAGGAGUCAAAUAAAGAAGAAUCUGAUGUUAAUUUAUUUUUUUGUGAAAAUGAAGUGGACAUUCAACGGAAGAAAAUAUCCACUAAAGCAAGGACAGUGUCAGGGGGUAAAACAGUGCCUACUAAUAAACAAGUACCAACUACUGAUAAAGAUGUUACCAAUAAACUUAAGACUACUAAAAAGGAAAUGGCAAGAAGUAUUUUUGGUGACAGUGAUAGUGAUAGUGAUUGGGAUGAUUUAGAUGGGGAACGUAAUGGGUUAAGUAAAGAAGGUAAAGAUAUUAAGAAAUUAAUAACAAGUGGUGAGAGAAAACGAGUAGCUCACGAACCAUUUUCAGUAUCUACGGAAUCUUACCAAUCAACAGAAACAUGGAAGUCCAAAUCUUCAUUGCCAUCAUCACUAAAAUCUCCCCCACAACAAACACUAACUAUUAAAACAAGUACAACAAGUCAGAACAGUACAACAAGUCAGAACAGUAAAACAAGUGUGAAUAGUGGAAAUAAAAGUGCAACCAAACCAGAAGAGGAGAAAUUUAUCAUGGAAAAAAAUUCUGGAAUAAGAAUUAUAAAACCUUUAAUAUCAUCAGCAGUUUUAGAGUUGAAAAUGGAUGGUAGGAAAUUUAUGAAAGUAUCUAAACUUCAUACUAAAGUAAAAACUCCAGAAAUACAGGGUAAUUGGGUAACAUUUGGAGUUGUGGUUCAUAAAACAGAUCCUAAAACAGCUACAUCAGGUAAAACAUUCAGUAUUUGGAAAUUAAAUGAUUUAGAUGAUUGUGAUAGAACUGUGAGUUUUUUCCUGUUUGGACAAGUUUAUAAAGAACAUUGGAAAAAUUCUACUGGUACAGUUAUAGGACUGUUAAACCCCAAUAUGAUGGACCCUGCUGAUAAGUCUCCAUCUGAGGUAGCUUUUACCAUCAAACAUCCCAAUCAGUUGUUAGUAAUGGGUCAAGCUAAAGAUUUAGGUUGGUGUAUGGGGCGAACCAAGAGUGGUAAUAAAUGUACCAAUUUUGUCAACACUAAGUUUGGUGGAUAUUGUGCCUUUCAUGUUCAAUCAGCAUAUAAAAAAGCAUCUUCAAAACGAUCUGAGUUUCAAGGAAGUAUGACAGGAAUGACACCAAAAUCUUUUGAAAAGAAAAUCAUGCCAAAAGGUUCACAUUAUAUUUAUGGAGGUCAAACUUUUUCUUCCAUGGAAUCCAAAGCCAAUAAUCUCAAGAAAAAAGAUGAUAAAUUAACAGUCAGUAAGUUACUAAGUCAACAAAAUGGCCGAAAACAAAAAGUGACCACCUUGUCAAUUCAUGAAAUUGAUCAGGACAAAGUUAAAACAACAGACAAGCUAGUAGUAACAGCCAAGGAACAACCAUUUAUUGAUAUGGUAGCCACACCGUCUGCUGGUUCUAUGAAUUUAGUCAAACAUUUGGUGAAAUCAGAAAUACAGGAAGAAGAAGCUAAAAGUGAGAAACCUAUGAUAUCCAUUACUCCUCUUGAAUUACUGAAACAACACUCUAAAGAUCUAAAUGAGAAGAAACGAGCCAGGUUGGCUGCUCUCGGAAAAACAGUUCCUACUUUAGAUCCUCUAUCAGCAACACCAACAUUAGGAAAAGGUUUUUAUCCUGGCCAGGAGGUGUUUUUAGGAGGAAGUUCAUCGAAGUCUAAGAGUAGCGCAAUUGAUAAAGCCAAGUUACUAGCCAUUUCUAAAAUUCAAAGAAAAGGUGGCUGUAAGAAAGAAAAUCCAAAUGCUGUCAAAAAUACAUCACCCAUACAGGAACGAGUGAAAAAAAGAGUUCUGGAAAAUAUAGAAAGUAAUGGAUAUAAUAAUAUGAGUGAAGAACCACCUAUGAAAAGAUCCCGAUUAUUGGGCAAUGUUGAUUUAAAAUCACCCGAGGUUCAGAAAUUAUUGAAAGCUAAAUCUUCUCAUAUUGGUGCUUAUAGGGAGGCUGAAUGUGAAAGAGAAGAGAAAUAUUUUGAUAAAUUAGAAAAGAAAGAAACAAUGGAAGACAAAAUGAAAUCUAUAACUUCAUUAGAUUGUUGUAUUUUUACUUGUAAGCAGUGUGGUUAUUCAGCUAUGUCAGUUGGUGAUAGAUGUAAAAAAGAAAGACAUGAAAUUACUAAAGUGAAAGGGAAAAAGAGAUUCUUUGAAUGUAAAAAGUGUAAACAAAGAACAAUAGAUUUUAAUAAAUUACCAUCACAACCUUGCAGAAUUAGAGCCAAUACACCAAAGUUACUUGGUCCUGUUACUUUCUACCCAUUGGCACAAUAUAAUGAAUAA